ACUGGAUUUGCCAGUGUAAUUUUUGUUGUUGCUGAAAAACCAGCAGCUGUUUAGAGACAGUGCAUUUUUGGUCGGUAAAAAGACUUUAAUUUGUUUAUAUUAACAUAAAAAUAAUUUUAUAAACCAAAAUUCUGUGUAAAAAGCAAAAAAUUAUGGCUGAAAGUCAAGAAAAUAGUGUAGAAAAUGUCACAACUAAUACAAACAAAGAAUUAAAUGGUGAAACACAAGAAAGAAAACGUAUUGCGCUAAUAACCGGCAUAACGGGACAGGAUGGCUCUUAUCUAGCAGAGUUUUUACUGAAAAAAGGCUAUGAAGUGCACGGCAUUAUACGUAGAGCUAGCACCUUUAAUACUUCACGUAUAGAACAUUUAUAUGCCGAUCCACAGGCCCACAAAGGUGGCUUUAUGAAAUUACACUAUGGUGACAUGACCGAUAGCAGUAGUUUAGUGAAAAUUAUUAAUAUGGUUAAACCCGAAGAAAUUUAUAAUCUAGCUGCUCAAUCCCAUGUUAAAGUAUCGUUUGAUCUUAGUGAAUAUACCGCGGAAGUGGAUGCCGUUGGUACUCUCCGUAUAUUAGAUGCCAUACGCACCUGUGGCAUGGAGAAUAAGGUGAAAUUCUAUCAAGCAUCUACCUCAGAGUUAUAUGGCAAGGUAGUGGAAACACCACAAAAUGAACAGACACCAUUUUAUCCCAGAUCUCCAUAUGGUUAAAUAAGGAAGGUGUGU